GCGGCCGAUAAGAGAAAACCGACAUCGGCUUGCGAUCGGAAGUCGUCAUGUAUCCAAAUCAGUAGUCCACGAAGAGUUGCUCGAGAGUUGCUCGCAAGCUGCGUAGUCACCGUCUGCUUCUGUGUAGCAUUGAUAUCUUGCACAGUUUGCUUCGUUAUUUUUACCCGUAUCGUAUCGUACGAGUAAGUGAAAAGAAGAGUUUUAAUAAUGGGAAAACUUGCUGUAGCACUUCUGACGGAGCUUCUCGUCGUUAUACCGAUUGCUCUUGGGGGACGUUUUCAUGGGCAUUUUUCUUAUAGACAGUAUUACGAUAAUCACGUUAAUGACGGACGAAUGACGAACCCAACAACCGCUACCUAUGAAACAGCCAAGGAAUCGUAUGACGAGCCUGAAGAUACAUACGCUAGCGAGAACAGCCCUGGAUCCUCGGAUUUAUGGCAAGCGAGAAGUGGCGGCGAUAAUUACGUACAAGUGCCACGUUGCACUCACAUGGGACAGACUUUCUGCGAGGAUGUCCCGGAUUAUCCUCAGGACUUUGUGAACAGGAUGAUCGCCAAAAAUUCCAGCCUGCUAAGUUACGCACAAGAGGACGUUAUUGGACUUGCGCCACGAUCCGACGUCGAAGAAGAACCGCUUUGCCUGUCCACGGAGAAAUUAAUUACUCCAAAAGUGGGUAUAAACAUGAAAAAUCAGUGGCUGUACAUCCUUCAGUCGAAUGAGACGAAUUUCCGUCAGAGUUUACGAAUUGAAACUUGCAGAGAGGAGGAUGCUAAGUGCAGGUUAAUCGACGGUAUCGCCGAGGGAUACGUCACGACGUGCAAGCAGAAAUACAUUUAUCGCGAGCUGGCUGCCAUUUCUCACGGCGACAUCGUUCAUGAUUACUUCCGACUUCCCGCGAGCUGCUGCUGUCACGUCCAAUUCAAGGCUGAUAACAAAGGCGUGGUUUCACCAAACGUCGCUUAACUUUAAUCUUAGUUUAAUUCCCGUUUGUCUCCUUCUUAAGUAACGGCUGAAAAGAGGCAAAGAAUGAAUUAAGCUGAGCUCACAGCUUAAACAACGUUGGUGAAACUGGCCCUAAAUGGCAAGAGUGAAAUCGUUUUUGGGGGAUCCCUCUCGCCCUUGGAUUAUGCAAAAGACACACGCGUAAGAAUAUUUAAGAAAAUAGCUAUCGACAUUUGUAAGCGGUAUUAUUCGUGUGGAAUAGUUAGUUGGCCACCAAGUUUCUUUAGGACGCGAGGCUCGAAGAUGAUUUCUCUCGCUUGUAUUAAGACCCCUGUAGAACGUUGUAUGCCGAGUAAGAUAUCUUGAUGAUCUGAAAGAACGAGAUAAUUAAAAUGGCAUAUGCAAAUCAAAACAUAA